CCUGAGUCGACAAACGCAAGAGGCGUCUCGCAAACGCGUCGCGACGCUCGCGUGCGGUGACGCGCGGAUAAACGCAACCACCCACGAAUCAAGCGUCUCGGCGCAGACGCCAACUAAAUCCACGUACUCGGAACACGAGCGUCGUUUCGUUGAACCGUAGAACAUCGACACUCGUGCGGCGACCGCGACCGCGACAACGCGAACAUCCGUCAAUUUUCAUCCCCCUCUUAUUUACGAAAGAUAUUUCUCUCUUAUUAAUCUCCCUCCCGGGAGACUACUUUCGCGGAUUUUUCCGGUCUCAUCGCACCGAUAACUCGUUGAAAGGGUGAAUGUGAAGUGCUGGUGAAAUGUGAACAUUUUGUUGCUUCUCCUCGUGGUUUGAGCGGGAGCGAAGUUUACGGGGUACAGCAGAUCGCAGGAAAUGGUGAAAGGAUGAAAGUUGCAGAGGAAACGGCAAAGUUUCACCGGAUGCCUAAACUCGAAUAAAUUGGGCAAUAAGAUGCUCGACUGGUAAAAAGGAGUGAAAGAAAAUUCGAUGUGUAUCGAGAUGUUUGACUACGUCGGGGGAAAAGCUUGCAAAAGAGCGCAAAGGGAGUAGAAACGUCGAUCGGGAACGGAAGGAAGCUCGACAAUCGCGAGAAAAAGAAGUCGUGUCCUGAAGAAACAAAAAUCGACGGAAGAAACAAGCUUCUGGCAGAGAAAGAUCUAAUAAGAAGGGGAAGCGAAGCGAAGGGAAUAUGAAGAGAAAGAAACAAGAUUAAAAGGUUAGGGACGGGGUAAACAAGGACGAACUGAUAAAAAAAAAGAAGAAAAAAGCUCGACUCGAUGAAUAAACGAACGAUUAGUGGGUGGAAGCAUGAGAAUUCCGAGUGGAUGUCUUACUUCGACUCGACGAAAGUACUCGAAUGCACGUUACAUCGGCCACCCUCAAGUAUCGAGAUUCAUUGAGGGACAAAAAUGGGCGCCAACCAGUCGGCCAGAAACGAACCUACUCCUGGAGAAGAAGUGAACUUCGAUCACUUUCAAAUCCUGCGUGCUAUCGGUAAAGGGAGCUUCGGAAAGGUGUGUAUAGUACAAAAGCGAGACCGAGCCGGAAAUAUGUACGCCAUGAAGUACGUCCACAAGGGAGAAUGCGCCGUCAGAGGAGCCCUGAAGAACGUCGCGCGAGAAGUCGAGAUCCUCUCGCAAUUAGAGCACCCCUGUCUAGUGAAUCUGUGGUUCAGUUUCCAAGACGAGGAGGACCUAUUCAUGGUCUCCGACUUGCUGCUGGGCGGGGAUCUCAGGUACCACAUUCAGCAGGAAGUCGUCUUCACGGAAGAAAGCGUUGUACUUUUCGUCGCAGAGAUUGCUCUCGCGUUGGAUUACUUGCAGAGCCACAAGAUUCUUCACCGGGAUAUUAAGCCUGAUAAUAUACUGCUGGACGAGGAGGGACACGCACACGUAACGGACUUCAACAUCGCAACGGUGCUGGAGGACGGGGAAUUAGCCACGUCGAUGUCAGGAACAAAACCGUACAUAGCCCCAGAAAUUUAUAUGUGUUCCUGCGAGGAGUAUGGCGUCCUCGGAUAUGGUUUCGCCGUCGAUUGGUGGAGUUUGGGAAUUUUAGCCUGGGAGACCCUCGCUGGAGAACGUCCUUAUCCUCUCUGCUCAACCACAUCUCACAGAGAGGCUCUACAAAUUCUCCAGAAGGAGAGACCGACACCAGCCGAAUGGAGUUGCUCGAUACGGGAACUCCUCGACAGACUAUUAACCGUGGCGCCAGGCGCCAGGGUGUCGACGUUAAAGGAACUGAAGCAAGUGAGCGUAAUGAGAGACCUAGACUUCGACAAAGUGUUGAACAAGCAAAUCAAACCACCGUUCACACCGCCAAAGGAUCACCUGAACUGUGAUCCGACGUUCGAGCUCGAAGAGAUGAUCAUAGAGACGAAGCCGCUGCACAAAAAGAAGAAGCGCCUGGCGAAGCAAAGAUCCCUGAAAAUCGAGCAUCCUCAGGAAGAUCUCGUUGCGGAAGGCGCCGGGCCGAGCGUGGAUCUCAGGAGAUUAGCAUUCAUCCCGGAAUAUCGUGUGUAUAAUCGGGAGCGCGAGAUGGAGAGACAAGAACGGGAGAGGAAGGAGAAACAGUGGGAGGAGGAACUGAACACUGCCAUGAAAGGUGCCGAGGAGAGGUUAAAGAUAAAGCAACAACCGGCACAACGAACCGGAAAUCGGCUAAGCGUGUCAACGACGAGCGUGAAGACGCGUAUAAAUGCGUCACCGAGGCAAGGAAGACGUGCGAGCACCGCAACGUCGUCGGAUAUUGACUACAUCGACGCGAGUCCAGAGCCUUCCACGUCGUAAAACUCCUGUUGGACGUUUCUUUGUACUACGAGGGUGAAAACGCAUCUUCGAAGACAAACUAAAUCUAUCAUCGUUGAAAUUUACCCUCGUCUAUUGGUCCUGGCGCGUGGAAUAUUCAGAGGGUUUACUUUCCAUUACGAGAAGAAAGCAUUCUAGUCCUUGAAACAAUGGAUCCUUUUUCAAUCCCGUAAAACUUACGAACACUAUGUGAUAUUUGUGCAGCCGAUAAAGAUAAAAUAGAUGAAGAUGAUUGAAUACACUUCUUAUUUUUGUUUAAGUAAAGCGUUGUAAAUCGAUCGAUAUUUAUUUUAGAGUAUAGAAGGGAGCGCUAGUUAAGGCACGAGGGUUAUUCAAUGAAUGUCACAAUUUUCUUUUCAACCCAGUUCCCUCGAUGAAAUAUUUUUCGUUGGUUUAUUAGAUUUCUUAUGUAGGCGAUAAAAAGUUCGAGUUAAUUUUCUACAUUCAUUUUUCGUAUCUUUAUUACCGUGUAACUUAAUAGCGUCCGCAGGUUCCUUGAGACGACAGCGUGAAAAGGAAUCUUAUUGCACGAUGAUGUAGAAAAAUCUGAAAUGGUUUUAUACCCUUUGAAGAAGUCUUUAAAUACUGUUUUUAAAGCACACUUUUCGAAAGAAAUUGAACGAAACUGUCGCCUUUUAAUUAAUUCUCAAGAUCUUAACUUAAUGUCUUUCAAAAUAACAUCUCGCUUAUUUAGAUAAGUUUUUUGUGCCCUUAAUUAUUGAACGACCCUCGUACACUCUGAUCUCAUAAAAGAACAUUUUCACCUUAAACUAUUCCUUUUAUAAAAAGGGUAAGGAAACUUGACCAAGUAGAACGUCCUUUUAGAGUGCAUUUGACCAAAGAUUUUCGAUGGGAAAAAAUGAAGUUGAAGCAUGCGGUCCAAGGGAAAUUUCGAACUAUCGUACGACUUACUUAUUACUUGGCUCGUACGUGCUAGUUAACUUCCCUUUUAGAAAGUUACGAUACUAACCGAGAUAGUCAAAGAAGAGUUCUUUUUCAGUCACAUAUUGAAAUUAUAGCAACACGAAAAUCAUCUUGUAAUUAGUUUGUUGCGAUUAACACGUUGAGUGAAUGGUUACGCGAUUAUAACGCGUUAUACCCAUCACUACCGGAGAGUUAAUUUCGAGGAACAAGUAGUAAGUUUACAUCGGAAAAUCUAUCGCCUGUUGAAUAAUUACAGCAUUCCAUACCCUUACAGUCCUUUCCAUUUCGACAUUCAGCGUGUUAACGUCAACGCCUUUUCUCGACUCGUGUCCUUAAUCCGAUGUAUCUCUGCCACAACCUGCAUACCUCAGAUAUACCUUUGAUCAACGAUUGCACUUCUGAUAAUCAACCAGCGAACACCAAAAAACGAUGUAAUUUUAUAAAGUAUCGUAAGAGAGAAAGAGAAGAGUACACGAGACUAACUUGUAACAUGUAAUCUAGAUUAAAUGAUUAAACGAU